AUGAUCCAGAGGCUGUGGGUGAGCCGCCUGCUGCGGCAUCGGAAAGCCCAGCUCCUGCUGGUCAACCUGCUGACCUUCGGCCUGGAGGUGUGCCUGGCUGCAGGCAUCACCUACGUGCCACCCCUGCUGCUGGAAGUGGGGGUGGAAGAGAAGUUCAUGACCAUGGUGCUGGGCAUCGGUCCCGUGCUGGGCCUGGUCUCCGUCCCACUCCUAGGCUCAGCCAGUGACCACUGGCGUGGGCGCUAUGGCCGCCGGCGGCCCUUCAUCUGGGCCCUGUCCCUGGGCAUCCUGCUGAGCCUCUUUCUCAUCCCGAGGGCCGGCUGGCUGGCAGGGCUGCUGUGCCCGGAUCCCCGGCCCCUGGAGUUGGCACUGCUGAUCCUGGGCGUGGGGCUGCUGGACUUCUGUGGCCAGGUGUGCUUCACUCCACUGGAGGCCCUGCUGUCCGACCUCUUCCGGGACCCGGACCACUGUCGCCAAGCCUACUCCGUCUACGCCUUCAUGAUCAGCCUCGGGGGCUGCCUGGGUUACCUCCUGCCCGCCAUUGACUGGGACACCAGUGCCCUGGCCCCCUACCUGGGCACCCAGGAGGAGUGCCUCUUUGGCCUGCUCACUCUCAUCUUCCUCACCUGUGUGGCAGCCACACUGCUAGUGACUGAGGAGGCGGCACUGGGUCCGGCUGAGCCGGCGGAAGGGCUGUCGGUCCCCUCUGUGCAGCCCCACUGCUGCCCGUGCCGGGCCCGCCUGGCCUUCUGGAACCUGGGCGCCCUGCUGCCCCGGCUGCACCAGCUCUGCUGCCGCAUGCCUCGAACCCUCCGCCGGCUCUUCGUGGCUGAGCUGUGCAGCUGGAUGGCGCUCAUGACCUUCACGCUGUUUUACACAGAUUUCGUGGGUGAGGGGCUGUACCGGGGUGUGCCCAGGGCUGAGCCAGGCACCGAGGCCCGGAGACACUAUGACGAAGGCGUUCGGAUGGGCAGCCUGGGGCUGUUCCUGCAGUGUGCCAUCUCCCUGGUCUUCUCUCUGGUCAUGGACCGGCUGGUGCAGCGAUUCGGCACCCGGGCAGUCUAUCUGGCUAGUGUGUUGGCUUUCCCCGUGGCUGCCGGCGCCACGUGCCUAUCUCAUAGUGUGGCCGUGGUGACAGCCUCAGCUGCCCUCACCGGGUUCACCUUCUCGGCCCUGCAGAUCCUGCCCUACACGCUGGCCUCCCUCUACCACCGCGAGAAGCAGGUAUUCCUGCCUAAAUACCGAGGGGACUCUGGAGGUGGUGGCAGUGAGGACAGCCUGACAGCCAGCUUCCUGCCAGGCCCUAAGACUGGAGCUCCCUUCCCCAACGGACACAUGGGUGCUGGAGGCAGCGGCCUGCUCCCAUCUCCACCUGCUCUCUGCGGGGCCUCCGCCUGCGAUGUCUCCAUGCGUGUGGUGGUGGGUGAGCCGACUGAGGCCAGGGUCGUUCCUGGCCGGGGCAUCUGCCUGGACCUCGCCAUCCUGGACAGUGCCUUCCUGCUGUCCCAGGUGGCCCCGUCCCUGUUCAUGGGCUCCAUCGUCCAGCUCAGCCAAUCCGUCACUGCCUACAUGGUGUCUGCUGCAGGCCUGGGUCUGGUCGCCAUUUACUUUGCUACACAGGUAGUGUUCGACAAGAGCGACUUGGCCAAAUACUCGGUGUAGACACACUGAGGGGAGGGCCUGCCUCCCUGGGUCCCCGCUCUCCGUCCGGUAGGGCUGCGGGGCUCCCUCCAGUGUGUGUUGCUGCCAAAGUGGUGCGGCUCUCUGCUGCCACCCUGUGGCGGCAAGGUGCGUAGCUGCACAGCUGGGGGACAGGGGUUUCCCUCUAGCCGGUCUCUAGGGCUGGCAGACUGGCAGCUUUCCAAAUGGGUUUCAGUCUGGACCUCUACAGGGAGGCCAGAAGGGCAGGGCAUUUGAUUAGCUCCGUGCACUGGAAUGUGGGACUCUGCAAGUGGAUUACUUAGGUUCAGGGUCAACAGCGAGUAUCCAGGUUGAUGCCAGGAUCUUGGUUCAGACAUAUCCAGAGAAGAAAUUCUGGGAGCUGAAUAAACUUGGCCACCUCCAAGCCCCCGAUCUUGCAGGUUUCCCCAGUGUAGCUCUUGCAUGGGAGUUUCUAGUACGAAGCUCUCCUCCACAGGAUUUGAAAGUAUGAAAGUUACUUGGCGGGGGAAGAGUCCUCAGGGACUGAGCCCCCUUUGUCCACAGCACUGCCUAUGUGCGGAUUCCCCCGCCCCCACCUUGUAUCAGGACUUGGCUUGUUGGUCCCUGUGUUGCCAUCAUAGGGAUGCAGGCAUUUAAAUGUUUAACUUAUUUAUUUAACAAAGUAGAAGGGAACCAUUGCUAGUUUUCUAUGUUGGUGUCUAGGAGUUGGGUAGGGCGGGAUCUCCAACAACCAGGUCUUCUGACAUAGCUGGUCAUUGGGCCGAGCAUUGCCAGAGUCCCCUUCUCCUGGGGUCUGGCCCCCAAAAAUGCCUAACCCAGGACCUUGGAAAUUCUACUCAUCCCACCUGAUAUCCCAAAUGCUAUUACCCAAGGUUAAGGGUGUUGAGGGAAGGUGGAGGGUGGGGCUGCAGGUCUCACCAGCUUCGCUAACCUCCCACUCCUCACUCCCCCUACUCCUCUAGGACUGGGCUGAUGAAGGCACGGCCCUUCGACCGAGCCCCCUGCCUUUCCCCACUGGCUCCACAACCCUCUGGGGCUAUUGCAGGACCAGAAGCACAAAGUGUGGUUCCUCAAACCUUUGUCCAUCUCAGCCCCCAGGGUAUAUCUGUGCUUGGGGAAUCUCACACAGAAACUCAGGAGCACCCCCUGCCUGAGCUAAGGAGGUCUUAUCUCUGGGGGGUUUAAGUGCCGUUUGCAAUAAUGUCGUCUUAUUUAUUUAGCGGAGUAAAUAUUUUAUACUGUAUGUGAGCAAUCAGAGUAUAAUGUUUAUGGUGAUGAAAUUAAAAGAUUCUUAUAUGUUUAA